CACCUAGACGCAGUAACUUCAAAACUUUAGGGACUUUUUGUGUGUGGAUGUUAUAACGAAAAAGAGAAGAAGUUAUGACAACCUAGCUCUAAGCGUUUUACUCGCCAUGUUUUUAUUUUUUCUACCGUUGUAUAGCCUACCGGAUUUCCUUAUUUACAUUGUGACAGACGAUUUGGACUUAAUAGAGCUCUGCUGAGUUCUUACCUGAGACUAACGAUGGAUUACCCGCUCUUUUUAGCUGUGUUUCUCGUGAGCUCCUCUAUGGUGUUAGCCUCCCAGCAGCCCAACAUCGUGUUCAUCCUGGCAGAUGACUAUGGUUGGUAUGAUGUCGGCUACCACAGCUCAGAGAUCCGCACGCCGAACCUGGACAAGCUGUCCGCGGGAGGAGUCCGCCUGGAGAACUACUAUGUCCAGCCUCUGUGCACCCCGUCCAGAAACCUGCUGAUGACCGGGAGGUACCAGAUCCGCACCGGCAUGCAGCACCAGAUCAUCUGGCCCUGUCAGCCCUACUGUGUGCCUCUGGACGAGAAACUGCUGCCUCAGCUGAUGAAGGAGGCGGGCUACGCCACUCACAUGGUGGGCAAGUGGCACCUGGGCAUGUACAAGAAGGACUGCCUGCCCACACGCCGGGGCUUUGACACAUACUUUGGUUACCUCACAGGUAGCGAGGAUUACUUCACUCAUGUCCGCUGUUCUCGGAUUGCUGCUCUGAACCUGAGUCGCUGUGCAUUGGACCUGCGGGACGGAGAAGAGGUCGCCACGGGAUACAAAGGAGACUAUUCCACUGAGCUGCUCAGCCUGAGAGCCACCAGCAUCAUCACAAAACACAACUCUAACAAGCCACUCUUCCUGUACGUUGCGCUUCAAGCAGUCCAUGCUCCGCUGCAGGUGCCCGAGCGCUACCUGGCCCCCUACAGUUUCAUCAAAGACCCCCAUCGCAGGCAGUAUGCCGGCAUGGUGUCGGCCAUGGACGAGGCCGUGGGAAACAUCACCCUGGCCCUGCAGCAGGGGGGGCUGUGGGACAACACCAUCCUGGUGUUCUCAACAGAUAACGGAGGUCAGACGCUGAGUGGUGGCAGCAACUGGCCGCUGCGAGGAAGGAAGUGGUCUCUGUGGGAAGGAGGGAUCCGGGGAGUGGGGUUUGUCGCGAGCCCGCUGCUGAAGCAACCUGGGACCGUCAGCCACAAACUCAUCCACAUCUCUGACUGGCUGCCAACCCUCGUUGGCCUGGCCGGAGGGAGCACCAAAGGCACCAAGCCACUGGACGGAUUCAACGUGUGGAACACAAUCAGCAAAGGCUUUGCCUCACCCAGACUGGAGCUGCUGCACAACAUUGACCCUCUGUAUAAUGACAUCGCUCCGUGUCCUGGCACUCAGCGCCAGUCAUCCUUGGCUCAGGUGGUCAGCGGAGGCUCCUGGGCCAAUUCUGGCUUCAAUGUGUCCAUUCACGCCGCCAUCCGAUCCUCCAACUGGAAGCUGCUGACGGGCUACCCAGGUUGUGACGUUUGGUUUCCGCGACCCGGGCACAACAGCUCCGAUUCAAACCCCCCCCAGACGGAUCCACUGAAGCCCGUAAUGCUGUUUGACAUAGAAAAAGAUCCGGAGGAGAGGAAUGAAUUAUCCGCUCACUUCCCCACAGUAGUAGAGUAUCUUCUCACUAGGCUCAACCAAUACCAGAAAAAUGCUUUACCGAUAAACUUCCCCGAUGAGGACCCCCGAUGUGACCCGGGUCCCACUGGAGCCUGGGGACCCUGGGCAUAGGGUGGAAAUGACAGUUAUGAAUGCUGUAGCACUUUGUUAAAUGUGAAUUUCAGCAGCAGGAAUCUCUUCUGCUGAGAAAAAGAGUAACAUUUUGAAAGACAUUAUGAUAGUGAGAUUGAAUGUAUAUCAACUUAAAGACAGCUGUUUUUAUCCCAUUAUUAUUAUUUCCGCUUUUGUUCCUUUGUCAGUUGUUUAUUGGGAAAACUUCUAGCCUGUUGCAUGGUCAAAGAAAGAUCCCAUAUCAUUUUGCAGCGUUGUUUUUCCCUUUCGUUUACAUGGUGCGAUAGGGCAUUUGGCCUUGGCGGAGGUCUUUGUUCUCCAAGUGCCUUUUAAUAUUUGCCAAAGACUUUUUAUUUUUCGCCAACCAAUGGAAAAAGCCAUUAAUUGACUGACUGGUACUGCCAUUACUAUUGAUCGUUGUGUCCCAGCUCUGAAAUGCUUACAGAGGUUUAGUUAAAGCGAUUGCGUAAACACUGUUUGCUACACAUGUUGCUGAUUUGGAAAGACCUUAUCUCCCUGCUGUUUGCACUUCAUUUAUCUACUGUUGAGAAGCCGCAGGCUCCUUGUAUGUGUCAAACAGAAGGACUGUUUUCAUACCUGAGAGACAUAUUUCACCAACCAAUCUAUGGUGUCUUUUGGGAGGUUUUGAAGGAUCGUACAGGAGAAAGCAGAUUGUGUCAUGUUAUAUUUACAUCUUGUUGCAUGGCCACCCAAUGUCCAAAAAGGUCAAAUUUUUACUUUCAAAUAUAUUUCCUUAAAUAAACUGUGCUUUACUUAUUAUUAUUGUACUAUUGGUGCACACUUUGAAACUGUGUACUGGUUGUACUGUAGCUAUGAAUCCAAGUUAUAUGAUUUGUUCCGGAAAACAAAUACUACAUAAUAAAGAGGCUUCAAAAUGUAGUGAAAUGGUUUGUAAAAAGACUGAAUAUUCAUAUUCUUUGUGCUGAAAUGUAGUUAAUUACAAGUGCUUUUUUUAGUUUACUCGUUCCCCUUCCAGUUGCCUUAACGUUAACAAUUGGGUUAGCAGUGUAUUUCUGUUUGGAGGUUGAAAAUGUGAGGAAUUUCUUCACAUGCACUUCACAUAUCCAUUAUGUUAUGGCUUCAACAAAAACUCCCACAUGCCAGUCAUUCAUGAAUGUGCAGUUCUCACGGAGGUGAUUUAGAUACAGUUAUGGUGAUACAUCUUAUAUUUUCUUACUACAUCAUAUAUUACAAAAAAAAUACUAAAGGGUAAGGAAAUCUCAGACUUCCAAUUGAAGGAUUUGCAUAUUUGGAAGUUAAACAGUUGAAACUAAUUUCCUUGAUACAUCCACCCUCUUUAACCUUUGGCCUCUUGGUGAUUGACCUCCCACUGGCAGCCGCAUGCAGACAACCACAGGAAAUACUCCCUGCAGAGAGGGGGCGGCCCGUCCUAAUGUGGGCUGUGACCCUUGACCUUCCAUGUAUAUUGAUUGGCAGCGAAGCAAGCAAACAACAAUGCUGGUGACCGUGGAAAACAUAGGGCUGUUUAGAGUCAAAUGUCACCGACUCUUGUUUCCUUUAUAAAUGUGUUUUUUUGGAACAAUUGUUUGACCUAUCACUCUAAAAGUCAGCACUUUGUUGUUAAUAUUCACGUUGUCGUUUGUGCUCAGCUGAUGGCAUAGUUUGAUAUGAAAUCAUAAGCUUGACAUAGGUCUAUCAGUAAAGGAGUAAUGGGAGUUGUAUUUUUAUUUACUUUGUUGCCAAGUGUUAAAUGUUUAGAUACCACUGU